UUGUUUGGGAAGUCAUGGAAAGCAUAUUGUUUGCGAUUUUAGUGUCAGCGCUUGCAUUUGUUCAAGGUAAAAACUGUGAUUCGCUGGGAACGCUUAUCUACGAAGAUCUGGGAUGCAAAGCAAAAGGAGGCAACAACAAUACAUGUCCAAUUUCGUACGAUUGUCCCCAAAUUACGGUUAAAAAUGGAACUUGCAAAUUUGGUGGUACUAUAUACAAAGAGGGUAAUCGAUUCAAUGGUACCAAUGUAUGUAUGCCAGCUGUUUGCAUGAGUUCAGGAAUCGGUCGCAUGGUUAUUGAUUGUAACCAGCGUCCCGAAGAAGGCUGCUAUUUUGCAAACACCUUGGACAAAUGCUGUUCAAUUGAUCAGAUAUGCGAUAGUUUUGAUGACGUCGAAAUAUGCAAUGUUACCGGUCGAUUGUACCUGGAAGGAGAGUAUUUCACCCCCAAAGGUUAUUGCCUUCAUUGCAUUUGCAAGCCAAACUUUGCAGGGAAAUUUGUUGCACCUUUCUGCGAAAGGAUCAGGUGCGGAAUCGAAUUAACGAACGAUCCGAUUUCGGAUAAAAGUGCUCCACUUUAUCUAAAUAGUCCAGUCCGAUGCUGCCCGAUACAAUUUAUUAAACCUACAAAUGCAAUCGUAACACAUAUUAUACUAUCAGGAAGCUCGAGUA